AGUGAGAAACUUCCCUCACUCCUCCUCCCUUGCUUUCUCUCUCCCAAAUUCCCUCAGUGACUUUUUUAUUUAACUUCUCUCAAGCGAGCAGCCACCAGCACCUCUGCUAAACGCUGGUAACAGGUACUUGCGGGGUUUUGUUUUUUAUUUUUACCCUAUCUUUUGUCGUAUUUUGGAGGCACGGUUCCCUACCCGGUUCGUCCAGAGCUUCAACUGGAGUGACUCGACCAAGUUUCUCCCCCCUCCAUUCUGCCUGAAGGAAUGAGAGGAGUGCUGGAGAGGAAGAGCCGAGACUCGCCUGUUUGAAUGGACAAAAGAGAAGAAACCGAGGGUAUUGCCGCCGAAAUGGAGGAAAAUAUUCUGCCGGGAGCAACAUCUCCCUUCUCGGAUCUGAAAACAAACCCGACAAGGCCGGACCCAGAGGGGGAAAGCAGCCCCCCGAAGACAGAAACCAUUCCCCAGAGGAUGGAGUCACCGGCUAAGAAAGAAACAGACCGGAGAUUGACGACCCCGACAAAGUCUGACAUGCUUCGAUCACCGGGGUCGACUGCGUCACCACAUCCCAGGACCAAAAGGAAGGAAGAUAUCAUGAAAUCAGAAGAGAGGCAGAAGCUCGCAAAGGAGCGCAGAGAAGAAAAGGCCAAAUAUCUUGAAGAGCUCAGCAUGCUACAAGCUGCUAAAAAGACGCAGUGGCUGGAGAAAGAGGAGAAAGCACGGCAGCUGAGGGAACAGCAGCUGGAGGAGCGCCGUAGGAAGCUCGAGGAACAGAGGAUCAAGGCGGAAAAACGGAGAGCCGCCCUCGAGGAGAGACAGAAACAGAAACUGGAGAAGAAUAAAGAACGCUACGAAGCAGCCAUCCACAGGUCAACAAAGAAGACAUGGGCAGAAAUUCGCCAGCAAAGAUGGUCUUGGGCUGGAGCCCUGAGCCAGAACUCCAGCCAGAAAGAAGGCAGAUGUUCUUUGUCGACGGUCAACCUGCCCAAACAAGUGGACACUGUUAUAAACAAGCGACUGUCAAAGUCCUCCGCCACGCUCUGGAACUCCCCCAGCAGAACCCGUGGCCUUGCACUCAGUCCAUGGGAGAGCAGUAUAGUUGACCGCCUGAUGACGCCAACACUGUCUUUCCUCGCAAGAAGCCGAAGUGCUGCCAGUGUCCUCAGCAAUGGCAAAGAUGGUCACUCUCCUCUCUGCCCCCGUUCGGCCUCAGCAAGCCCCCUCACACUGUGCGCCCAUCAGCCCCACCACCGCUGCUCUGACCGCUGGAGAGUGACGUCAAGCACGCCAGACAUCACGCAGCGCCAGCUGAGACGGAGCUCCACGCCUAUGGAUAAAAACAAGAAAGAAAAGAAGGACAAGGAGCGGGAGAAUGAGAAGGAGAAAAACGCUCUCACUAAAGAAAAAGUGCUGAAGAAGAGACAGUCUCUCCCCAGUAUGAGACACAGACCUGAUCCAAGCCCCAGUCCUUUAUCAAGACAACGACCGUCGUCCCCUGCGACACCCAAGGGCAGAACUGCUUCACCCAGCCCUGCUGCCUCACCCAAGCCUCCAACCUCACGUGGAAGCCCAUCAACCCCUAAAAGUAGGCCUAAAAGAGCCAGGACUCCAGCCAGGAUAGACCAUCGUACAUCCUCCCCCAUCCCGCUUGAGAGAGUGAAGGAGCCACGAAGACCUGCAACCCCAGAGGAGAGAAGGGGCUCUCCACUGGUUCCUGCUAUUGUCGUAUCCUCUGCCGCCUCUUCCCCCCAUGCGACAAGCAUGACAGUUACAACCACUGCAGCCUCCUCCUCCUCACCUGAGCUGGUGCACUCAGCUCCUUCUGUCCCUGCACAGUCACCUGCACCCUCUCCAUCAGCCAAGCCCAUGGCGGGCACUAAUGACCCGGAGGAGGCGGCUCGCAUCCUGGCGGAGAAACGCAGGCAGGCCAGGGAGCAGAGAGAGAGGGAGGAGCAGGAGCGGCGCGAACAGGAGGAGAAGGAGAGGAUCCUGAGAGAGGAGCGGAUAGCGAGAGAAGCAGAGGAGAGGCGGCUCCGGGAGGAGGAGGCUCGAGCCAUGGCCGAGGAGCAGCGGAAGAGGGACGAAGCCCAACGCCUGCAGGAGGAGAAGGAGGCACAGGAGAGAGCUAAAGCUGAGCAGGAGGAGAACCUACGCCUGCAAAAACAGAAGGAAGAGGCUGAAGCUAAAGCUCGAGAGGAGGCUGAGAAGCAGCGUCUGGAGAGGGAGAAACACUUCCAGAAGGAGGAGCAGGAGAGGCUGGAGAGGAAGAAGCGUCUGGAGGAGAUCAUGAAGAGGACACGCAAGACAGAUGCAGGCGACAAGAAGGAGACAAAGUCCUCCCCACCAACGAAUGGCACUGAGAAAGAGGCAGAAAGCAGUAAAGUAUCUGCUGAAAAUCAGCCAAAAUCAGAGGUCAACCAGCCCAAUCACAGGACAGAAAACGGACAAACAAAUGUCAAAGAAAGCAGCCCCUCAGUACCAGUGGUCAAUGGGGUCCAGCCUAUCAGACAUGAAAAUGGUCUGUCCACUAAAGGAGACUCUGCCCACUUUGGAGAUAUCCUUCACAUCGCGAAUCAUGGAAACACGACGAAUGGAGCGCGGGAUAACUCUGAGCAUGGCAUGGACUCUGAGCCCAUACUGUCGUUUGACAGUGAGGAUUCAUUCAUGAAAAAGGCCGGUCCCAUCAAGCCUCAGCAUGUGGCAGAGGUCCUGUGACAUGCUCCAGUGUUGAAGUGCUCGUCGCCUUUAGGCCAUUGACCUCUCCCAGCCCUGCCGAUGCUUGCAUGGGGAUUUCUGUGACCUGUGCCAAUCAACAACCUUUUUUUUUUUCUCCACGCCCCUUGAAGUAAACAUACUUCUCUGUGAGGAUGAAAUGGGCUGCAGAAAGUUAAUACAAAGCAUCGGGUUGUACGCAAGAAGACAAAACAGGAUGAAAGGUGCAUCAUUGUUUACUUCAGUAAAGAUCUUUGUGGCAGAGACCCCAUGCACCUCAAUAAUCAGCGCUAUCAUCCUUUGUACAUGGCAGUACGGCUGUGUAAUUUUUAUUACAGGAAGCUGAAGUGUUUGUUUUACUUUGUUCUUUAGUUAUUUAACUGAAAGAGGAUUAUAAAAAGACUGGGUACAUUUUUGUGAAUAAUGUAAAUUAACUUUGUGAUGGACAGUGGAGGGUGAGGAUUUAAGUAAGAAAGGGACUCACUUAAAGCUACUCUCCUGUGAGUAGAAAGCCAGGUAUUGAGCAUCCUGGUGUGUAUAAAGCCACCUGUAACAGUUUUUGUAAAGUUCAACUGAGAAAUCUGGAAAAGGAUUUGAAAUAUAAGUUCACAUGCAGCAGCUUUGUAACAAGUGUAAACAUUCUGUCUGUUCGAACCUCUUAGAUUGAUUGUACGCAGAACUGGAUGUAAAAACAAGAAUUCAACCUCGACGAUUAAGAAAGCAGAUGUUAAAUUCCUAUCGGCAGGAAUUUACUCCAUUAUUCACUUUUAUUUCACAUGUAUAAGCAUGACUCAGUUUUCUCUCAUAAAUCCAUGGACUCAUAUGUGUUUGAAAUACUGGUGCGUGUACAUGCUAUAAUUAUUUUGAUGUGCGUUACCAGGUCAGUGGAAGUAUCUUCAGUCUUAUUAAAGACAAGCUGUCCAGUCA